AUGGUGCAAAUUUAUUCACUGCUUCUAAAAGCUUCAGUUGAAAAAAGCAGCCCAUUGAGCCCGGCGAUCAAAUCCCAACAACACUUUGAUGCGAUUUACGCUGUUUUUUAUGCAAAAAGUGAUCUCGCUGGAGCUACGUUUGAAUCCAAACUAGCUCUUAGUGGGAAAAGAUUUUUGAUGUUGCAACUUGCUGCCCAAACUGGAAUUUCCACCUCCUUUAGCUUGGUAAUUUUGGUUUCAAAGAAUGUAGAAUUACGGAUGAGAAAUGUCGGCAACCUUUUGCUUUUGUUCCAAAUUUCCUCUCUCUUUUGGUGCUUCUUCUCUCUUGUUGAUUCUUCUUUAACACCAUUACUGUCUGCUUUUAAAACCCUAUGCCUGGAUGAUCAAAGAUCAGCCUCGGUGAAGCUUCGUAAGGAUUUUCUUGACCAAUCCCCCUCUGCCUCUAAUUCAAAAAUUGGGUCUUGGGAUCUGAAAACAGAUUCUUGCUCAUUGAAGGGUGUCGAGUAUGAACCUGUUGGUCCUGUGGUGACAUCAGCAAUAUCACGUUUGACAAGGUUACAGUCACUUGAUCUCUCUUGUCAACGCGAUUUUCCUGAUUCGUGUUCUAGUAAAAAUCAUCCAGCACUUGAGCUCAAAAGGCCAAAUUUUGAAACAUUUGUCCUGAACUGGAGUUCUCUUUUACAACUCUAUCUCGAUGAUGCUGACAUCUCUGAACAGAGCACUAGUUUGUGUGAAGCCCUGUCAGGUGCACUUCCUAAUCUCCGUAGAUUAAGCUGGUCAAACUCUGUUCUCUCAAGUCCUCCUAUCACAUUGCAACCUGAGUGGGAAUUUGCCGGAUCACAUUUUCCAAUUGCCAAGACUGAAAAGCCAGGACAUUUCAGAAAACCCACUCCUUACAGGGAUGUUGAUCUUUCCGAAAAUAAUUUCAGCGGUUCACUGCCUCCAUUUCAUAGAGAAGGAGUUAUAAAUCUUAAAACACUUUACUUGUCUUCCAACCAACUCAAUGGAAUCGUAUUUUCCUCUCUAUUUGCACUCCCAUCCCCGCAGUCAUUGGAUCUCUUGAGAAAUCUUCUUGUUGGAGAACUUGAAGAGUUUCAUAAUGCAUCUUCUUCGCCAUUAACGUAUUUAAUUAUUGAAGGAAACAAUCUAAAAGGCCCAAUUCCAAGAUCAAUCAUUGAACUUCCAGAGCACAACGUUAUUUCACUGGCUUAUAACAACUUCACUGACUGUUUAGGCAGUAUCAUUAAUCUCUACGGUUUGAAUCUAGAAGGAAAUGACUUCCACAGCAUGUCACUGAAUUUUGACCGAGGGACCAAGCUCCUGUCACUCAAACUCAAUAGCAAUAGUUUAGAAGGGAAGCUGCCAAGAUCAUUAGCAAAUUGUUCCAGGCUAGAGCUUUUGGACCUUGGCAACAAUAUGAUAUGUGAUAGGUUCCCUUCUUGGUUGAAGAAAUUGCCCACAUUGAGAGUUCUUGUAUUGAGAAAAAAUAAAUUCUACGGUCCAACAGUUGAUCAUACUUCAGAUGCAAAAAUCUUCCCAGUGUUGCAAACAAUGGACCUAGCUUCGAACAAGUUUUGGGAGGAACUCUUCUAUGGGAAAAUUCCUGAAGGGAUCAGAAAUCUCAAAGCACUAAUAGUGCUAAACUUGUCUCGAAAAGGAUUCACGGGCCGAAUCCCAUCACUUGGAAGCUUGACUGAACUGGAGUCAUUAGACCUCUCACGCAACAAACUCUCAGGAAAUUCCUCCUCAACUGACGAGCUGGAAUUUUCUUGA